AUGGUUGAAAACGCAGCUACAGCAGAUCCGCAGCUACAGCAGAUCCGCAGCUACAGCAGAUCCGCAGCUACAGCAGAUCAGAAAAGACAGCUUCUGAAAACAGAGCAAAGUGAUUGAGUUGUGGUUAAUUGUAUAAAAGCAUUUGUAUCUAACUAACAACUAUCAUAUCAUAUCAUAUCAUAUCGUCUAUCAUAACAAGUAUCUAACUAUCAUAUCAUAUCAUAUCAUAUCGUCUCCAAUUAUCCAAAUCGUAUCACACAUACUGAUGUUUUACCAUGCGCCCUCGUUAGUGAUCAUGACGGACCUUACGUUUGUAUAAAUGUCCGUACAGAACGUUUUCAACCACGAUUCAAAUACAUCAGAAAUGAGAAAACCUUUGUUCCCGUUGCUUUUCAAAAUGACUUUUCUACACUGCCUUUAAGUCUGAUCUAUUCUUAUGACGAUCCAAAUGAACAAUUAGACGUUCUUGAAAAGCUAUUCAAUAAAUGCCUGGAAAGACACGCUCCUAUGAAAAGGGUUAAGGUAACAAGGCCACCUGCUCCAUGGCUAACAACUGAGGAUUUCCAAUCUCUCUUAGCUGAGAGAGAUCGUUUGCGGAAAAAGGCUCAUACACCUCAUUCUACUCCUAAUGACUGGGCUGCUUUUCGAAACAUAAGAAACAGUAUUAAGAUUAGGGUUCGUGAAGCAACGAAAAACUUUGUUAAGAAAGCACUAUCCUCUAAUAAAUCAAAAGAGAUCUGGCGUGUUAUUCAUAGAAUUUUAAAACCCAGUCCAAAACCUCUUCGUUUCGAUCCUGAUAGUCUUAAUGAAUAUUUCAUUAAUACUGGCCACCGAGUAAUGGGUUCGACCUCUGAUUCUACCGACGAUUUACUAAAUUAUAUUGACACACUGACAACUAACAACAAAGAAGAUGGGUUUCGUCUUCGCAACGUCAGCCGUGAUGAAGUUUAUCAUGUGAUAAAGAACCUACGGUCAGACUGUUCUACAGGACCAGAUAAAAUCCCCGCCAAGUAUAUUAAACUGGUUGCCGACAUCUUAGCAGGACCUCUGACAAAGAUAAUUAACGGCAGUAUAGAUUUAACAAUGUUUCCGGAGGCUUGGAAAAUAUCCAGAAUUUCUCCAAUUCCGAAAAAUGAAACACCAAUGAAAGAUGAGGAUUUACGACCUAUAGCAAUUCUACCUGUCCUGUCGAAGAUUUAUGAAAAAAUCGUGACCAUACAAAUGGUCCACUUUCUUGAAACGAAUAAAAUCCUGGACGAAAGAAUCGUUGGAUACCGCAAAGGACAUUCUACUACGACAGCCCUUCUCAAAAUUCGUGAUGACAUCAUCCGCGCUAUGAAGGAAGGAGAAUUGACACUUAUGGUAAUGGCAGAUUAUUCAAAAGCAUUUGACACUGUAAAUUUUAAAACCGUGCUUCGUAAAAUGCAUCAUCUUGGGUUCUCCAAUAACUUUAUGAAAUGGACGGCUAACUAUUUAUCCAAUCGUAGACAAUUUGUCCAGAUUGAUGACCAUCAGUCAAAACCUGCCGUUACCCAUUUCGGUGUUCCACAAGGCUCCAUACUAGAACCGAUAAUAUUCAAUAUAUAUGUCUCUGAUCUUAAAAAAUCCAUUAUGUCUCGUAUACAGUAUGCUGAUGACACAAGCCUGUACUCACAUUGUCAUGUGAAAAAUCUUCCAGACUGUUUGUACUCAAUAUCAGCCAAUCUGGCGAAUUUAAAUGCUUGGUCAUCACAAUCAAAUCUCGCUCUUAAUCCAAAGAAAACGGAGGCAAUGUUGUUCUCAACUUCCCAAAUGGCCAGUGUUCACUCUCUUCAGUCUCUUGGGGAAUUGGAUUUGAGCUUAAAUAUAUCUGGUAAUACGUUGAAAAGAGUUAAUUGA